ACUUGUGCCAUUCUCGGUCAUAUCACGAACUAUGAGCGAUCAUGAACACAUCAGCAGCUGAACAUGUCUGGCUGCUCUGACCGAUCAUGAGUAACACGUGGGAGAGUGGUGAGGUGGUUGUCGUUCGAUUAACUUGUAAGUGAAUGGUUGGGACGGUCAUGUGAAGUAUGGCCAAUUCGCAGCGGAGUGUACCAAAUAUAUUAGUAACAGGAACCCCAGGUGUAGGCAAGUCAACGUUAUGUGAACAGCUGGCAGAAAGGACAGGACUAGAGUGGCUUGAGGUGGGGCAGAUUGCCAAGGACUGUGAGUGCUUUGAAGAGUUCGAUGAAGUGUACCAGUGUCCGGUAUUGGAUGAAGACAAGCUCAUAGAUGAGAUGGAGGACAAAAUGGGACAGGGAGGCAAGAUAGUUGACUAUCAUGGCUGUGACUUCUUUCCUGAGAGAUGGUUUGACAUAGUGUUUGUUCUGCGGACCAAUAAUACUGUCUUGUAUGACAGGCUGGGUCAUCGUGGCUACACUGGGAAGAAGCUGGAAGACAACGUGCAGUGUGAGAUAUUUCAGACAAUAUUGGAGGAAGCGCAGGAAGCCUACAAGAUGGACAUUGUACAUGAACUGCCAAGCAACACACCCGAUGACAUGGAGGAAAACGUGGACAAGAUUACAGCAUGGGUUGAGGAGUGGAAGCUCAGGGCACUCAGCUAGCAUGCGACUUUCACCCAUCUAGAUGCUUCGUACCAUUUGCAUUUAGCAUAAACUGUAUGUUAGUAAAUUAAUGCAGCAGUUCAUGUAACACUUCAUCUUACAGGCAACAGAAUUUGUCACUCUUAUUUUAAGGUUAGGUUGGGCACCUGUUCUGACCUCAUAACUGCUUGCUCUUAUCUUCCUUUGCUGUGCAGUCUUCAUAUCUACACAAGUAAAGCUAUCCCUAUAACAGGCCAUGGAGGCCCAUAGGGUUGUGAGACAUCAAGGCUCCCACAUUUUCUAGAC